CUGGCCGCCUCCAUGGCCACGGCUGGCAAUGGAUAUUCGAUUGUUGAUCAUGUAGUGCCGUCACGGCGGCCGCACCAUGGCGGCCUGUGAUUUGACCUCAGUCUGCAGGCACAAGCUCAACCCCGCGGCCCCCAGCCACCGAGCCCAUGCAGUCCGGCAUUGGGCAGAGAGGUACACCCAACCAGCCUCGUCUCCAUGUGGUGCACUUCUUGACCAGCUCUAAGCCGAGAAAGCGUGCUCAUAUCCUCGAGCCAGCUCAUUGUCAUAAGUCGUGCCUGUUCCUGUUGGCAGGUCGUCCUUGCAGCCCCCUCGUCGCUGCCAUCAAACUCCUCCUGCUUCUCCUGUUUACUGUCUCGCACCGAGAGCCGCUCAUGGCGGCAACAUAUCAGCAGCCGGCGUCCAUGGACACCGCUGGAUCUCACACAGCUGGCACCUCGUCCUUCCCGCCACCGACAGCAUCGUUCCCGCAACAGCCAUGGGAGCAGACUGCCACUCCUUACCGGGUCAAUGACGUCGACUACAAGACCAGUGGCCGCCCGCCCGCUCCCGGUCGUGUCUCCUCGACUGCUGUCCCCGGCCACUCGGCCGAGUCUGUCAUCAAUGCCACGAAGCCCCUCGAGCCCGUGCCAAUGACCACAACGCCGUUCGAGGGUACCUCGCUCAAGUCCAUCCGGCUUGCUGCCGAGCUCUCCCUCCAGGAGCUCAUCAAUGCCCGCAACCAGUUUCCCCCGUCGACCACCUUCUCGGCGUCCGGGCCAGCCAGCACGGUGCCCAGCAACGCCCACAGGAUCCGCGCCUACCAAGACGUGGCCCUCAGUGACCUCUAUCUCCUGCGAAAGGAGAUGUCGGCCAUCGCCAAAGCAGCAGAGGCUCGGCGCCUGCGCAAAUGGGUCUUUGGCGUACUCAUUGCGUCCUUUAUCCCUGCCGUCCGCAAGAUAUUCCGGCGGGCUCCAGAGGAUGAGGAGGCAAAUGACACCGAGUAUGCCUUUCGUAAGAGCAGGUCGCUACUUGAGCGCAUAAAGGACUCGGUAACGCCUGGAAGCAGGGCAGGCUUUCUCGCGACAAUGACGCUGUUUGUAGGUGCUAUUCUCUACGUCUUCCAGAAUGAAGUCACGAUUCGUGUAGCCAAGACCACGAGCAAGCGGCUGAAAAGACUCGCCGCCAAAAUCGAAGGCGGCAUAGAGGUCCUGGAUGAGGACGACAUCAAGAUCCUCAAGGGUUGGCGCUGGAGAAUACUGAUGUGGUAGUGGGCCCUCCAAGUACUGGCUCCAUGUUUGAGUGAUCUGAAGGAGCUUCGAAUGAAGCCCUCCACUGCCGACGUAUUCAAAAACCUCUUGCUGGCCACGACAUGAUACUUUGAUUACAUAGUGUUAAACUCGAGCCUAAGAGAUGCAUUUCGACUGUCCAGGUAAUGGCGACGUGCUCAAUGCAAACAUGAAGAGACAUUCCGUACAUAUGAAGUACUCGACUCGGAGGUUCCGAAACAGAUCUUGUGCUGUAUCCUGAAGACCUGCUUUGGUGGCAGGCUGUUCCGUCAUAAAAUCCACCAAUCAGCAU